AUGUCAAGUGACAGUAACUCAGAAUCAGAUUGUUUAACCUUGGAUAAUCCAAAUCCUUCAUAUGGUUCCGUACUUCGUCGCCUUAGUAAUGCUAGUACGAAGAGUGUUUGGUCUAAAAUAGAACGGGGAAGGAGGCUGCAACAGAGGAUGCGAUUCUGGCACUAUUGUCUCUUUGGAGCAUUUGUAAUAAUUGUUUUCAACCUGAUUUUUUUGCCCCGGACCUCGCUAAGUAGGGACCUGAGACGAUUGCAUGGUGAUGGACUAACCGACUCAGAUCUGAAGAGGAUAUACCUAAACGAACUAGCAAGUCCAGACUCUUUGGAAUGGUUAUACGAGGAGGAUCUAACGCGCAACAUGAGGGAGAAAUUUGAAGAGUAUGGGCUGAAAACAUCACUAAGUGAAUACUAUGUUACUUUAAAUGAGCCAAAAAAAGUAUCCGUUAGUUUGAUUCUCGAUCAAAAUGUCGUAUACACACCCGAGCUUGAAGGUGAUGAGGGUAGGGUUGCAUUCCAUGCCUUUUCUGCCAAUGGAACGGCUACCGGUCCCUUGGUAUUUGCAAACCAUGGUACUUUUGAAGACUUUGAAACUUUGAGAGGCGAGCUAGAGGAAGCCCUAAAAGGAUCGGUAGUCUUGAUUAAAUACUCUGACCUUAUCCUUCCCUCGUUGCAAGUGGAAAUUGCUGAAAAGUUUGGUGUUGCUGGGGUGUUACUUUUUAACGACCCUGCUGAUGAUCACAUUGACGGAAAACCAUUUCCCAGUGGCCCCGCUAGGAAUCCACAAUCUACACAAAGAGAUACUGUAAAUAAUAUUGCUAAUUCACCAGGCGACCCAGCAACUCCAGGAUGGGCUAGUAAGAAACAUUCUAGAAAAUUAGGCAAUCAACAAAUACCUUCAGUUCCUUCCAUCCCCAUAAGUUUUGAAGCAGCAAAGCCCAUGCUGGAUACUUUGAAUGGUAAGAAAAUCACAAAGUUUCCAUAUCCGUUGAACUCCACUAAGCACACCGUAGUGCUAGAAAACAUUCAAGAAUACAAACCUAAGAUCAUCACGAAUGUUGUUGGUACAAUUCCAGGUAUCCUUGGAACAGAAGAGAUUAUAGUUGGAUCUCAUAGAGACUCGUGGACUAAAUUUGGAGAGGGCGAUCCUAUCAGUGGCACAAAGACCAUGCUUUCGAUGAUCCAGGGAUUCAGUAAGUUGCUGGAUCUUGGAUAUAAGCCACUGCGGAAUAUAAAGUUUGUAUCCUGGGAUGCGUCCAAGUAUGGCCUAAUUGGAUCUACUGAAUACGCAGAAGAUCAUCAGAGGUACAUCAGGAAAAACACAUUAUGUUAUUUCAACCUAGAUACUGCCAUAAGUGGGUCAACCUUUUAUGUUGGUAGCCACCCAAUGUUAAAGAAUUUAGUGAUCGACGCUUCGAGAACAGUUUUAUCCCCCAGUUCAAUUAAAGAAGAAGACUAUUUGUAUGACUAUUGGUUAAAACAGGAUAACCUUACCGUGGAAACGUUGGGCUCGGGUGGUGAUUUUAGUGUUUUUCAGAACCAUUUGGGAGUUCCUUCAGUCCAAAUUGGAUUCGUCAAUGGGCCCGGGGAUGCGGUCUUCCAUAAACAUUCAUCCUUUGACAAUAAAGUGUGGAUGGAAAAAUACGGUGAUCCUGAAGGAAAAAAGCUUGAUACCAUUUCAAAAUUCAUUGGAAUGCUAACGUUGAUGUUAAGUGAAAGCGAGGUGGCACACUUUAAUGUUGACACUUACAGUACCCUCACUACAGACCUUUACAAUAACUUAAUCAACUGCAAAACAAUUAAUAAGUGGAAAAAUUACUACAUUUUAGAGCAAGAGCACCCUGUUUGCAAAAAGGUAUGGAAACAACUGAAUUCGGGGCAGGUUUCAGGAAUCAAGUUUGUUCAUUUAUUGGAUUUGGUCAAGUCCAAUUUCUUGAAAUGGAAUUCUGCAUCUCUCAUCUUUCACAAAUAUAUGAAAGAUCUUCAGGAAGAAAUCGUUGAGGACUAUCCAUGGUUCAAGUAUUACAAAAAAAUCAAAAUUGCCGUUCAAAUAAAACUGGCAAAUUUAAAAUUGGUUAGUUUAGAUAACCACAUGUUAAUAGACGAGGGGCUACCAAAAAGGCCUUGGAUGAAGCAUACCAUCCUAGGUUCAGAUAGACUCACUGGCCAAGCCAUUCUUUUUCCUGGCCUCAGUGAAGCAAUAGAUGAGGUCAAUUAUGAAGAGACCGUCAAAUGGCUCAUGAUCUUAUCCGAUAAGCUGGAGUCCAUCACUAGUGCUCUCUCUCGCUAA